CACAAACGGCAAAUUAAUUAUCAAUCAAAAGUCUUCUUCCGAGGGAACAAAGCACAAAACAUGGGUGAUGAUUUCAAAUUCAAUCAUCAUCAUCAUCAUCAUCAUCAUCCAGCUUAAUGCAUUCUUCCACCACCCAACUCGGGUAAUUAUACUAUAUACUUUGAUUCUGUAUAUCAAAUGCUAGUAUUGUAAUCCUAUCACAUUAUCUUAAUAUAUUCUAUAUUCUCUUUCUUAUACACUUAUGAAGUUGUACCCACGUUUUCUUGCACUAAUUUUGGCUUAAUCAUUUCAUCAUUUUCUUGUCUGUAUUACACUGCAUUUUCUCAACAUAGAAACUUUCCCCAUUACAAUCAAGAUAAAUUUUGGUAAUUUGUGGCAAUUUGGAUAAUCUUGGAGGGUUGUAAGGUUGGCUGAAUUUUAAUGAUUGUAUAAAAUUAGGUGCCUAAAUUUUUAGGGAAGAACUAAAAUCAACUCAUUAAAAGAUGGCUUCAUCCCCAAAUUCUCAACCUAAUGGUCCUCCAACUCCUCCAACUAUACUAAAUCCCAUCCUUCCGUCAGUACUACCGCCUGUCGAAUCGCCUCCCGAUACUAGUUCAUCCGUACCCCUGCCACCCAAUGAUCCUCCACCACCUCCCCAAGAAAGUCCUCCACCGGUACCUAAUCCACCAUCACCCUCACCCUCACCACCGACUUUACCGCCACCAACACCACGUGCACCACGCCAGCCACGUUCAUCUUCGCCACCAUCGCCUCCACCUUCCCGUGAUUUUCCUCCACCUUCAUCACCUCCACCUGCAUCUCCUCCUCCUGAACAACAAACGCCUAAACAAUCACCCCCGGUUGCUUCUCAACCCCCGUCUUCUCCAAGCCCUCCAUCUCCUCCAGCUCCUCGUGGUUCCACCCCGGCCCCUCCUCCAUUUACUACGUUUGCUCCUCCUCCGCCUGUGGACUCUUUGUCUCCUCCAGCACCACCAACAUCCACCCCCUCUACUCCAGUGCCACCUACAUCCACUCUUUCUCCUCCAGGAUCUUCAACGCCCACUGAUUCAACCCCAAGACCUCCUUCGAAAUCUGGAAGUACUGGCUCAAGUGUAACAGCAAAUCCUGGUUAUCAAUCACCAAGUGACAAUAGUGAAACAGUUAAGACAGGAAUAGCCAUUGGUGUUGUGGCCGGUGUUGUCAUAAUUGUUUUUGUGCUCGCCUGCAUAUGCUUGCGUAGGCGAAAGAAACGACACACUCGAUACAAUUCAGUGUAUAUGAUUCCUUCUACGUAUACCUCUUCUCCUACUCCAGGCACCUCUUUUAUAAACCCGAAGGAUGCUGGUGCCGGAGAGUUUGUAAAUUCAUCAUCAGAUAAUCCAGGAAUAGGCAAUUCAAAACCAUGGUUUUCAUACGAAGAGUUGAGUACAGCGUCAGAUGGUUUUUCUGCACAAAAUAUUUUGGGGGCUGGUGGGUUUGGCUGUGUGUACAAAGGCCUUUUGCAAGAUGGAAGAGAAGUAGCUAUAAAGAAGUUGAAAGAUAAUAGUGGACAAGGGGAUCGUGAAUUUAAAGCGGAGGUUGAGAUAAUCAGUCGUGUACACCAUCGUUAUCUGGUUUCGCUUGUGGGUUAUUGUAUUACCGAUUUGCAGAGAUUGCUUGUCUACGAGUUUGUUCCUAAUGGCACCCUUCAUUAUCACCUCCACAAUACUAAGAAAGCGCCCAUGCAAUGGAGCCUCAGAGUCAAAGUUGCCUGUGGUUCUGCUCGGGGAAUUGCUUACCUGCAUGAAGACUGUCAUCCACGGAUCAUUCAUCGGGAUAUUAAAUCAGCCAACAUUCUUAUAGAUAACAACUUCGAAGCUAAGGUAGCUGAUUUUGGGUUGGCAAAAAUAGCACAAGAACUGGAAUUAAAUACACAUGUAUCUACACGUGUCAUGGGAACGUUUGGCUACAUGGCACCGGAAUAUGCAUCAAGCGGCAAGUUGACUGAAAAAUCCGAUGUGUUCUCUUUCGGGGUGGUGCUUCUGGAGAUUAUAACAGGACGUAAGCCUGUAGAUGAAACCAGGCCACUAGGAGACGAGAGUUUAGUUGAAUGGGCUCGACCUUUGAUGACCGAGGCAUUGGACAACCAAAACUUUGAUGAGCUUGCUGACCCGAGAUUGCAAGGAAACUAUGAUAGAGGUGAGAUGUUCCGGAUGAUUGAAGCUGCUGCUGCUUGUGUACGACAUUCGGCUGGUAAGAGGCCGAGAAUGAGCCAGGUGGUGAGAGCAUUGGCGACAAUGAAUGAGCUAUCAGAUAUAUCGAAUGGUAUGAAACCGGGACAAAGUGGUAUCUAUGAUUCUAGAGAACAAUCAGCACAGAUUAGAAUGUUCCAAAGGAUGGCAUUCGGAAGCCAGGAGUUCAGCUCAGAAUAUCAAAAUAACACACAGAGUAGCUGGUCGAGUGACGGGAGAAGUGGACUAGUUUAAAUCGUAAAUAUGGGAUUGUUUCCGUUUUUUGGUUCAUCGUCUUGUGGAGAGGUAUAUUCGAUGCAUGCUAACAAGGAACGAUGAGUCCGUCCACUUGAACUCAAGGACAUAGGGAAAGCGAAAAAAUUGUUGAAAAUUGCAAGACUCCUAACUUGGUUCGGCUUGACAAGAGCUCAGUAAAGAUGUUUCCAUAAGUGUAAAGCAUCAAAUAUUUAUUUUGUCACGGCUAAGACAUGAUUUGGGGUUGUUUUAGGGUGUGCUAGCGAUUGUGAUUUCCCUUGCUUCCUCUUUGAUCUUCUCUUUCCUUGUUUCUUUUUCCUUUAUAGUCAUUGGCCAUUGAUUUUGUAUUGUGUAUUGAAUAAUUAUGUAUUGGUUUAGGCAAUGAAAAACAAAGAGUUAAAAAAAAAAAAAAAAAAAAAAAAAAAAAAAGAUUUUUAUACUAAUUGAUCCAUUGUUUAGA